AUGACAGCCCCAACUCCCAUCUGGAGAGCCCAGGACAUCCUCUAUGGCAGACAUGACUUGUGGGCACGGCUCGACAUUGGGUGCAAAGGCAAGCGUUUUCGGGUAGAAAUAUGCCCUAAGAACUUCGUCAACUCAGAGUUAUCUUUCACCAAGUACGCGCAAUUUAUCAACGAUAUGCUGGACCGAGACUUCGAAGGCACAUACGAUGAAUUCUAUGACUGGAUUGUAGCUCCAUUCCUCCCUAUUCUUGCUAAAGUUCAAGCCCCGCCAUUGGGUGGAGGAGCUUUCACACUUCGUGAAUACCUCGAUCCGGAAACAUAUUACUUGCAGCUUUACUUUGUCGAUGAGAGGAUGGAACCCCGGUUCGACUAUGAUGUUCAAAUGCCGCUACGCGAACCGGGUGUUUACAUAGGCGACGUGGCCCUUCACCCCGGUUGGAGCGAAUACACACCAGAAAAAGUACAACAGUGCGUCAGCGACGGUCAAUAUGACUAUUCUAAGCACCCAAGGAAGGUUAGUGUCGAUGGAAAUUUAUGUUUCCUCAAUGAUCCCCGCAGCAAGCGGGAGCUCUUCGUGUGGCUGAGCGAUAAUGCGCAAGUGCGUGUACCUCGACUUAUCGGUGUGGUAUAUGCUGCUCAACACUGCCGUCAUGCUAUCGGUAUUUUGUUAUCGUUGGUAGACUGCGACAAUCUUACCCUUUCAUGUGCACUACAUGAUGAAGUCACAAUUUUGCAGCGGAGGAAAUGGGAGGAGCAAAUUACUACGACUCCUGAUAAUGUGUUGAUAGAUAUGAACGAAGAUGCGUGGGUGAUUUAUUUCGGUGGUGGAUACAAGCCAGGAUGGGUGGAGAAGGAGCACAUGGAGACAAUGAAAGGCGAUGGAGACGGCCUUUCCAGAAUCAACAGAAUCAAGGACAGAAGAUACCUACACGAUGGCAGCGAGGAACGGGGACGAGCCUCACAAGGAGAUGAGACAUAUUAG